UUAUUCAAAGAACAUUAUCAGCGUCACAAUGAAAGAUUUUGUCCUGUCAUUGCUGAGUCGCGGGUACGGCCAAAUUGUGCCCGAUGAAGAUGGUAAUGAUGGAAGACUGGAGGUCUGUUUUGAACCAGAGGACUACUUCAACUGGAAAUCUCAGCCUUCCAUGCUGCGUCUUACGAGCAGUGGCCGUUUUUUUGGAGGCCUAGAGCCGGCGCCACCUAAGACCUACAGUACAAGGAGAGGCCCUCUUAUUCUGUAUUCAGAAGAUCUCGCACUGGCAUACCGCUCUGGCCAGGUUACCAGGAAGAGAAAGGCUCCUAGCUGUCUGAAACAGGAAGUUGAGAAGCAGCUGCACACACUGCAAGACCUGACUGGAGCAAUUUUGGCCUUUGGAAAAAAGAAGGCAAAAGUUGGAUCUUUUGCUGGUGUAACGCACCGCUUAUUGCCAGAUACUAAACAUGCUACACAGAACAUCCAGAGAAGAAGAGAAGAGAACUAUAAUCUAAACCAGGUUAAAGGAGAAAAAGCUGCACAGGUCAGAUACCAGCCACAUUUCCUCUGUUCCCCUCGACCCAAAAGGGCCACCCUUGGCCCUCUGCCCCCCAUAACGGAGGGUUUGGUACAUGUACAAAUCCAUGAGGAAACUCAUGCUGCACCAGAUGAACAAAUGACCUUUAAGACUAAAGUACAGAAAGAUGAACUGAGAGAGAAGCCGAAAGAAAGAAAAGGACAGGAUAGGAGUCUCAGGAUAGCGGUCGACACAUGGAGAGCUCAGAUGAGUCCGAUCCCUGAGACAGAACCUGCACAUCAGACUGAAGAUAAAACAAUACUCCCACAUCUUAUCGACCAUCUGAAGGAUCUAAACGGCCGUGGGAAGCGCACUCGGAUGGAGAGUGGAAAUGGUGUUGCAGAGACGGGCCCUCUAAGGUCAGUGUAUGUGGAUUCGUCUUUGGAAUACAGCCCACUCUCACGGGUCAACUACUACGGUGGACACAUGGAGGGAUCCCGCCAGAUUAGACAUUGUGGGGGUGAAACUCACGAGAGGAGAGUGAAUAUAGAAACAGAUCCCAGCUUCACCGUCUUCCACUUACCACCCAUUAACCAGAGCCCGCUGGUCAACUCAGACUCUGACAUUACUUCAACAAUGAAUAAACCGGAAAUAACAGAUAAAAAAAGGAGCUGUGAGAAUUUACCCCAACGAGAACUACACAUACAUCUCCCUGGCAUCAAAGUGGGAACUACACAUGAAAAGGCCUCAGAGAGCCGCGUCCACAGGAACGUGCUGCUGCUUUUCCCUGCACAAACAGAACAUACAGACACCCAUCAGCCGGAUGAUGACCUUCAUAGGACCCCUGUUCAGGAGCGUAAGCCAUAUGGUGAUCUGCAUGCUGAGGGGCUCGGCCAAAGAGGACAGGACCCUCUCUCUGACAGCAAGUGCAGGAUUACAGAGAUGGACCUCGGGCACAUCAUGUGGUCUGACGAUCUAGAAAAGGGAGAUCAACAUCCCCCCCUUGGUCCAUUGCCACCCCUGGUGGGCCGGAGGGGUCCUGGUAAACAGAGCUCCAUGGCUGUGUACAGACAGAACCUACAUGACCCUGCAGACACAACAGAAGCACAGACAGGAAACACUAGAGGCUGUCUUCCUCCGGAGCUCAGAGAAUGGGAGGGAGGCAAAGCAUUGGGCACCUUAAUAAUGGGUCCUGAUGGUGAAAUCAUACGCUUGUCUCUCUGGGAUCCCGCAGUUGACACCGAGGACCACCCAAUAAAGGGUGAUGUCACACAAGGUCACGUUCUUAAGGUUGUGACUUCUGAGGGAGAUUUGAAACAGCCUUGGACUAUCAUUAUACAGGACCACACCACAGAUGAAGGUUAG